UACUCGUUCGUUUUCCUUCAAAAGCUUCGCGAACGUCGACACGGUUUAAUCGUAUCGCGAAUCCUACGAUUCGCGAAGUUACGAAGGGGGACAUAAUAUUUUUUCAUUUUUUCUCUAUAACACCUUUUAUAUUACAAUUCAUUUCAUUAUUAUCAUAAUUAUCUGUAUAUCUAACAUAUAUAUAUAUAUAUAUCGAUUUAUUUAAACCAACAUAAGUAUUUUAAAUCUAUCCGUCACAUUAUUAUCUCCUCUUCCAUUUGUCUUUGUGUGUGAUUCUUAUUCUGUCUGUCUGUCUGUCAGUCUGUCACUUCUAUCAUUUUAUUUUCAAUCAUUUCAAUCGGUCUUCUUUUCUAUUUAUCCUUAUAUUUUUAUCUCGUCGAUUUAGUUAUACGUGUUUGUUAAAAAGUUUUCAAUUAUUUCUUUUUUUUCCUUUUAAUUUUUCUUCCCAUUCUUUUUCCAUUCCAUCUACUACUACUUUAUUUUCUAUUCCUUUCCCUCUUUCUAUUUUUCUUUUCUCCUACUACUAUUACUACUAUACUACUACUACUCCGUCUUCCUUAUCUUCAACGAACUACGAAUUGUAGGAUAAAAAUCUCGUGGAAACGAAGAAUAAUCCGAAAGAAAAGUACCGUCGUCAUGGCGCACCGAAGCGAAUCCUUCAAAGGACUCUGCCUAUUGUGGUGUGUCUUGGGCAACGUGUUCAGUGUUCCCACCCCAACACCCUCGCCAUUAAAAUCGGAAGACGUACGAUACACGACACGUAGGAUACCGAAAACUAUAGUUGAUUUGCCUACACAAAGAAGUAGAUCACCAAUCUAUUUCCAUGCGUUGAACCCAAUGAAUUUGGAGAUAAGUACCUCGUCAACAACGUCGAUGCCAACAACGACGACGACACAUCAUAAAUCCAUUUCCGGGGAGAAUCCAAUUUAUCGUCUGAAUGGUACAAAUGGACAAGCUUGCAUCCUUUUGCAAACAGAUGCCGUUAUUGCAAUCAAAUAUCGCACGAUUUUAGGCGAAGAUAGAGUGGCAAGUUUAUUUGUUCCCGACGAUGCAACGGUCACAGGAAAUUGUGAUAAUGAAAAUACAGUUACGAUGUCCUUGAAGUGGGAUGCAUUUGUACUCUUCUGGAGUUUCGCCAAGUUCCUUGUUGUUUGUUUUUCCCAUAGAAAUAUGAAGCUCCAACCGUUCAAAUUUAAAAACAACGAAUUCGCGGCUGAAUUCUCUUGUGCAUCGUUAAGUGCACGAGCAAACAGAGACGAAACUGCACCGGUCGCGGUUGGUUCCACAUUGGCUGCUGCUGUUCUUCUUACCAUCACUGGUUAUGCAGUUUAUCGAUACUUCAAAGUGAAGAAGGUCAAGUACGAUACUAUGGAAUAAAACUAAACCAUUUUUAGUCUCCGCAAUCAAGGACACUGUCACGACGAUGCCAAAGAGAUAAAUAAAAACGAUUAAAUAAAAAAAAAAAAGAAAAAGAAAAAGAAAAAAAAAAGAAAAACAAAAAGACAGUGAGAGAAAUGAACAAAAUUUCGACACACAAAUAAUCAAACAACUUUAGUUUUAAAUUAAACCUAAACUUAUCUUAUAUCAAAAAUCUUCCUUCGUUGUAUAUAUAAUAUAUAUAUAUUAAUAUUUUCUUUCAUAGUGUUAUUUCUUCAUUUAAUUUUUUUGUAAUUUUUUCUUCGAACACGAAGGAUAAUUAGAAAAAUAAAAAUAAAAAAAUUUGAAUCGAACAACCCAAGAUACGAUAUUGAUGAUUAUGAAAGUGAUCAAAGUUCACACGAUUAACGUUACGAAUAAAACGUGUUUGAUAUAUUAUUUUCUUCGUUAAUUGUUUCAAAAAAAAAAAAAGAAAAAAAAAAGAAAAGCAAGAGAAAUACGUAGAUACAAUUAAUUUCAAUCACUUUCGUAAUCAUCGAUUAAUAAGUCUCGCUUUUUGAAAGUAAGAGACACUAGUAACGUGUUAUAUCGUCGAAGCGUUCUGUGAUAUAUUACAGAACUUAUUAAUAAUAUUGAUUAUCUUACGAUUAGAAAAAUGGACAUGAUAUAGGAAAAAAAAAAAAAAACGAAAAAAAAAGAAAAGAUAAAAGAGAAAUACAAAAUAAUAAUAAUAAUAAUUAAAAAGCAGAGAAAACAAAAACAAAAACAAAAAAGAAAAGGACAAAAACACACAAGAAACUUUUACUUGUAAUAUAAUAUUACGUAUAUAUAUUACACAAAUUUACCACACAAUAUAGAUAACUAUAAAAUUACUUAUAUUUAUUGAUAUUAUAUCUAAAUAGAAAUGAAAAUGAGGAAGCGUAAAAAAAAAAAAAAAAGAACAAAAAAAAAAGGAAAGAAAGAAUAAAGGACGAACGUUCGCGAUGAUGGUCGGAGUCGGUGUACCUGAGAUACCUGAGAGAAAAAAUUCGAUAA